AUGCUGACGCCUGGCAAGCCCAAAGCACCAGGAACUCCCGUUCUUCACGUGGCGCGGCCAAGCGCAGAAGAGAUUCUACGCACGACAGCUCAGCUUGCUGAAGCAGAUUUUGAGCGCCGUGUUCUCGAGAUGAUGCUCGGUGAGCUCAAAGAUCGCCUCGCCGCAGUUCAAGAUGGCCUGGAAGCUAAGAAGCGGCAAAUCAUCGACUUCAAUUCACGCCUUGCACCUAUUCGGAGACUACCUCUUGAGAUCCUGUCGAUGAUAGCCUGCCUGCAUGUGCGCGCCAACCAACAGUCGGUGUGGGUGCUGAUGCAGACCAGUCGCGUAUGGCGAGCGGCUGCUUUACUGGCCGGGGAUACAUGGAACUAUAUCAUCAUUUGCUCUCCUCAUUUGAUUUUGGCCAACAAGGAACAGCCCGGAGUCGUAUGCAAUUCAGUGGAGCGACUGAAAUGCGCACUCAAUCGUAUAGGGUCAGCACCACUGGAUAUAGAAGUAAAAUUCGGAUCAAGGCCAAGGCAGCUUUGGUUUAGGUGUGGUCCUAGUGACGAAGCGCAGGUUUUGGCGCUCGUAGAGUUGGUGCCACCAUCUGCGCAUAUCCGCCACCUUAAGCUAAAAGAUAAUAUCUAUAAUACUUCUCUGACCAACCUUUUGCAGAUUCUCCAGUCGUGGGAUCUCUGCCGCCUCGAGCAUCUGGACACUCAAAGCCAAGAUCUGAUCGAGGUGGCAUUGAAGAAGAGUGCAAAAAUUCAGAGGAUAGGGAUUCCUCCUCGUCUCCUCAGGCAGGUCGAAGCCCCUCGGCUCAUGCGCCAUCUCGAAGUCUGGGACCAUCCCACAGAAACCCUAGACUCAAGCGAUCUUGCCCACUUUACGAACUUGAUCUCACUUCGAAUUGGCUCAGGAAUCUCAACGCACACUACGACCACUAUCAUCACUAUGCCACACCUGCGGCGUCUCACCUUGUGUGGAUAUGGUCAGUUAUGGCCCAUUACGUGUCUAAACAUUACCUAUCUGGAUCUUGAUCCACCUAUAUUUAGCCAUAUGCAUACUGGCGAUACCAUCCACCUGCCUCGGCUGAAGGAGUUUGUCUAUCGCCGCCGAGCCUUUUCGGAAACACCUUUUCUACAAUAUUUCAGCGCACCACAUCUAGAAGUUCUGGAUGCUACAGAUGAGGGAGCGAAUCAGCACACGGUUAUCCGAGCAAUGAACAUAAUCUGGCCUCAAAUUGAAUCCAGAGGCACAACUGCGGUCCAUCUGGACCCCCCGGUAUUGAAAAUACACCACGUCUCCGUCAAUGUCAAGUUGCUGAGCCGUGUGUUAUACCGGUUGACGCGCUGCGUCGAGCUGCAUCUCCUCCAGAUGCGCGUUUCAGCCGACAUUUUCGAGCUUAUCUGUCCUACUACGCAGAACUCGAAGAAGAAGAGCGUAUGUCUUCCAGCCCUCAAGGUUCUGGUGAUUGAUCAAUUCCGACGAAAGGGGCGCGCUUUCGCAAAUGAGGCCACAUACCUCGAUGCCGCGACACGCUUCUUGCAACGGAGAAAGACGAUUUACCAUCCAUUACAACGCCUUUCGAUUAUUUACCAAGGUACAGAAACGAAUCUCAGGGGCGAUACAAUUAACGAACUCUAA